UCUGCCUUCACGAGUUCUCCUCCCGAAACCUGCGCGAGGCGGCCACCGGAGCGCGAGGCGAUUCCCCCCCUCUCCCCUCCACUUCAGUCAACAUGGCUACAGUUGUAACCUCGACCAGAUUCACAGACGAAUAUCAGCUGUACGAGGAACUCGGAAAGGGUGCCUUCUCGGUCGUUCGCCGGUGCGUCAAGAAGUCCACGGGCCAGGAGUAUGCUGCCAAGAUUAUUAACACAAAAAAGCUCUCAGCCAGAGAUCACCAGAAACUGGAGCGGGAGGCGAGAAUCUGUCGUCUGCUCAAACAUCCGAACAUAGUCCGACUCCAUGACAGCAUCUCAGAGGAAGGCUUCCAUUACCUUGUCUUUGACCUUGUCACUGGAGGAGAGCUGUUCGAGGACAUUGUUGCUAGAGAGUAUUACAGCGAGGCAGAUGCCAGCCACUGCAUCAAUCAGAUCCUGGAGAGCGUCAGUCACAUCCACCAACAUGACAUCGUGCACAGGGACCUCAAGCCGGAGAACCUGCUCCUGGCCAGUAAGAUGAAGGGAGCAGCCGUGAAGCUUGCAGACUUUGGUCUGGCCAUCGAGGUGCAGGGGGACCAGCAGGCAUGGUUUGGUUUUGCAGGAACUCCAGGAUAUCUGUCCCCAGAGGUGUUGAGGAAGGACCCGUACGGAAAGCCAGUGGACAUAUGGGCAUGUGGUGUGAUCCUGUACAUCUUGUUGGUGGGCUACCCUCCGUUCUGGGACGAGGACCAACACAAACUCUACCAACAAAUCAAGGCCGGAGCAUAUGACUUUCCUUCUCCAGAGUGGGACACAGUGACCCCCGAGGCCAAGAACCUGAUCAAUCAGAUGUUAACGAUUAACCCUGCCAAAAGGAUCACUGCCGACCAGGCCCUCAAGCACCCCUGGGUCUGCCAACGCUCCACUGUGGCCUCCAUGAUGCACCGCCAGGAGACUGUGGAGUGUCUGCGCAAGUUCAACGCCAGGAGGAAACUUAAAGGAGCGAUCCUCACAACGAUGCUGGUGUCCAGGAACUUUUCAGCAUGCAAAACCUUACUAAACAAAAAGUCGGACGGUGUGAAGUCGCAGGGAAACAACAGUAAAAACAGUGUAGUAAGCAGCAGCAGCACCAAAGACAGCAGCAUGUCAUCUUCAGCACCAAUGGAAGCCCAGACAACUGUUGUACACAACCCAGCUGACGGCACCAAGGGCUCCACAGAGAGCUGUAAUAACACAGAAGAGGAGGAGAUGAAAGGUAGGAAAGCUCGUAAGCAGGAGAUAAUAAAGAUGACGGAGCAGCUGAUUGAAGCCAUCAACAACGGGGACUUCGAGGCUUACACGAGAAUCUGUGAUCCUGGACUGACUUCUUUCGAGCCAGAGGCUCUUGGAAACCUGGUGGAGGGCAUGGACUUCCACAAGUUCUACUUCGAGAACCUGCUGAGUAAAAACAGCAAGCCCGUGCACACCACCAUCCUCAACCCCCACGUCCACCUGAUCGGCGAGGAUGCCGCCUGCAUCGCCUACAUCCGCCUGACGCAGUACAUCGACAGCCAGGGCCGACCGCGCUCCUGCCAGUCGGAGGAGACGCGCGUGUGGCACCGCCGCGAUGCCAAAUGGCUCAAUGUGCACUUCCACUGCUCAGGAGCGCCGGCUGCACCCCUGCAGUGAACCGACAACCCGGGCCCAGCUUUGCCUGAACUCUAAAAGCUGUUUGGAGCAUUUAUUCUCCGUGGUCGGAUUGGUGCCUGGAUCCUGGCCGGGAAGAGGCUGCUUGGAAAGUUGUAAAAAACACAAAAAAAAAGUGGGGAAAAUACAUUAUAAAUAAAAAAAACAAAACAAAAAAAAAAGCAUAUUUCAAAAGCUUGACUGAAUGACCGACCAACACCGAUCCAGUCCAACCCUAUCUAGAUGAGGUUGGGGCCCGGCUGAUGUCAGCCCCCUUUCUUGCAGAUGGUGCAUGCUUCUGGUGGCGACACAGGGUGAUGCUGUCCUGGUCCUUUUUCUCCCAUGGCCUUUAUUCCCCCGUCUUUGUUUCGUCUGCUGUCUGGAAAAGUAUUAACAUGUUAAAAGAUAUAUAUAAGCAACAGAGAAACAUGUACACUUCACACACAUCGUGACCCGGGCGGCGGGUAGGAAAAUGUGAUUUCUCCUUUGUUUUGUCUCGAGAGAGCAGCAGAACGUCUACUUUAAUAGGAGUGUUGAUUGUUUUACAGUGAACGGGUAUAUGUGGGUGAGGUUUAUGGGGACGGGAGCAACUAAUAUCUACUUAAUAUCAGAAGGUAACACCUAUUUUAUGUGUCAGGUUUGAGCAUCUGUGCAGUGUUUUUAAGGGGUUUAGGCGUUGUGAUAAGUUCCUGGAGGGAUUUUUAUUUUGUCUUUUUGUAUCAUGUGUUAUUCAGCUGUUGGUUUUUAUCUCUUGAAUGAUGUAUUUUAAAGUAUUUUGUGUUGAAAAAGGAUCAUUUUUAAUCAAAAUGGGGAUUUUAUUUAAUAGAUUUGUGUAUAAAUAGAUAUUUAUAUAGGCAAAAAGGGGGAACCUGGUUUUCUUUUGGGGUGCAGGGAGGGGAGUUUAGCAUGAGAGGGGCUGCUUUUUGUUUCUCGGCUUGGAGGUCCUGAGGUGUAAAUACAACACACACACACACACACACACACACACUCACACUCAAGGCCCCUGUGCUCCAGCCUUUACGGGUUGAGCCUCUCUUGCGCUUUAGACAACGUCCAGGCCAGCUCAUCCUGAAGUUGCAGAAGGUCUCCAUCUGUCUGUCCUGCAGUGUUUGGAGCUGAACACCAGGAGGCGCCAUCACAUCUCUGAACUACCUAACCUGAAAGACACACUCUCACGCCAACCUUUCUUUGACCUGUCUGUGUUUUUGCUGUGAAGCAUGAAUUAUCUGAACUAUCUAAUGGCCUGUACUGUUUUUGCACAGACACUUAAGACUCGAUGCUGUUGCGUUCGCUCUUCUGAGGGAAUGAACCUUUCUGCAACUUCAGGUUACGCUCGCCAGAAUCCUUCCCCUCCGCCCUACCUCUGCUCCUCUGCUUCCAACAUUCCUGUCUCUUAUACUCUCCACAUCUGUCGUGACCUUGGCUAACCAGCCCCUUUACUGUCUUAUAGCACCACACCACGUGAUGAUGAUGAUGAUGUCACCCUUAUGCCUGUCUCUUGUUCUGAUUGUGUUCUUUAAAAAAAAAAUGUGUGUGUUGUCCGUCUUGGCUUGCUGUACUUCUGUGUGAAGUCCGGGCACUAUAAAAAGCAUGUUAAAAAGGGAUUGGACAAAACAAAAGGCAUUCUGGGAAGAGGGCUAUGCUGGCUUGAGGGCUGCGGGACCUUCGCUGAUGGCAAUCAAUGCUUUGGUCCCUUUUGUCACCGUUUCUGUUGUAAAUGUUGUAGCUGUUAGUGUUUUGAUGUUGAUAUUUUUUAUCAGUUUUAGCCAGAAGUCUAAAAAAAAUUUAAUGGUUGGAUGAAUGGAGGCUGGGACUGCCGCCACUUUUUUUUUUUUUUUACUGUCCCCUCACGCGCUAAUCGAUGACUGAUUAUUGGAAUUCACAACAUAUAAAGCACACGAGAUCAAAGAUUCAACCUUUAAAGAGGACAAACAUAUCUGUGUGUCACCGUGUAAACUUUGCAGCACUGUUUUUUUUUCACUGUCGUAGGCGCUUUGUGUGACUUUGUACCAGCGGAGGGGUGAGGUUUGCCGCGUGUCCCGUCUCUGUGCUCGCGCUCUACUUUAGCCGAAGACCAUCACGCGCCACGUGUCCACACAGUGGAGCCAAAACACCGUGAAUCACAUAUGAGACCCCGCCCUACUGUAUCCACCACCUGUGCUUCUGAGUGCUGUGACAUAUCUGACAUGCCAUCAAAACUGUGCCCCCCCCCCCACCACCACCACACACACACUCUGCACCGUGACGACGACUCGUUGUAAAACCAGUGCUGAAACUAUGAUGUGAUGUUUUUUAGUAGCUGUCUGUGCUGUGGGCUCUGGCCCAGUUGUCUGUUGAUGCCACCGAUCUGUUUCCACAGUCAUGGGGACGCUCAGAACAGGAAGAUGCAGUUACACUUUGCAGGUUAUCUAAUAAAAAACGAGGAGGGAACAACCAGCUGCAAAGUCACUUUGAACAGUUGGAGUCAAAUUUGCAUUUCUGAUCGAUUGAUAUGAAGCCAAAUAGACGCUCACAGCAGACAUUCUGACAUGUUGGUGCAGGAAAAGCACAAGUGUAAAAGAGGACAUGAAUACAGCCUGUAUUAAAAAAAAAACCUGCCAGUCCUGAAUCUGUUGAGUCUUUUGGCAGCUGGUGCAGUGAGUCCACUCCAAAGUUGAGCUUUUUAUACAGCUUGUGGUAUAACAGUGAUUCUCAACCUUCGUGCCCCCUCAUCACACACAGUGGUGAGCAGGUCCACCUGUGAGAGAGAUCCCGUCCUCGCUGUGUUUGAUGUGGAUCAUCUUUGCAGGCCUGAAGAGGUCAAAUGAUAACAAUUUUUCCUGCCCUGUUAAAUGCACCCUGUGGAGGUCUUGACCAGCAGCAGCACAGUGAUGUCUGUCACAGAUGCACAUUAUUCCAGUGAUCUACUGAUGCUGAUAACACACUGAGAAGCUUAAUAAUGCUCCAUCAAAGGCAUGAAGAAGAAACAGGGAUGUUAACCCUGCACUCAGCUCAUGACCCCUCAGAUUCAUCCCGGGAUCCCAGGUUGAGAACUGCUGUUGUAAAGUUAACCACCACCAUGACCCCACUUUGAGUCUUUUCCUCCCCUCUUGCAUCUCAGUAACUGCAGCUGAUAGAUGAAUUGUUUCUUCAUAGUAAAUUUAUUCAGUCAUAUUUAGUCUAACACAUUUAUGCAAAGACAACAAUGGAAAAAAAAAAAAAAAUCACUGACCCCUGUUUCUCCAUCGAUCCAUGCAGGUAGUUUUGGUUCUGUUUUCCGGGUGUUGAGGUGUCCUUCAGAGUUCUGCCUCCACCUUUAUACAAUGAAACAUUUCAUUUUUGAUGCACUGAAAAA